AGGUGUCUUCAGCUCCAAUCCACCGCAUUCCUUUACCGCUGCGCUCCUUGCUUCGAACCUACUUGAACGCUGCCUCACCUCACCUCACCUCACUCACUCACCAAGCUCCCCUCUCUCCCCCUCUCGCUCAGUGAGCUUGCGGUUCCUGCCACACACACGCUUCCCGCCAUAUAUACCCACCAGGCAGCCGUCGAUCGGAAGGAAGCAACCGUCGCUCCAUCUUACCGAUCGCCGUUACAUCCGUCCAAGUUCGUCGGAGUAGCUACGGCGCCAACAGCUGCCGGGAAGAUCAGGGACACGCUCGUCCAGCGUCAAUGGGACGUCCGACGUCUGGGGGCGUGCAGCAGCAGCAGCCCAAGCUCCGCAAGGGGCUGUGGUCGCCCGAGGAAGACGAGAAGCUCUACGGCCACAUCAUCCGGUACGGCGUCGGCUGCUGGAGCUCCGUCCCCAGGCUCGCCGGGCUGCACCGGUGCGGCAAGAGCUGCCGCCUCCGCUGGCUCAACUACCUCCGCCCCGACCUCAAGCGCGGCACCUUCUCGCAGGAGGAGGAGGACCACAUCGUCGCGCUCCACCAGAUCCUCGGCAACAGGUGGUCUCAGAUCGCGUCGCACCUGCCGGGCCGGACGGACAACGAGAUCAAGAACUUCUGGAACAGCUGCAUCAAGAAGAAGCUCCGGCAGCAGGGCAUCGACCCGGCCACGCACAAGCCCAUGGCCUCCGGCGCAGCCACGACGGCAUUGCCGGACGUGGAAGUGGAAGACCGUAAGCCCCUUGCCGCGGGGGCCGACGGCAGCCUCGCUCUGAAGCAGUCGGCGGAGUUCGACCCGUUCCCGGUGUGCGCCGACUACGGCGGUGGGUUCUCCGGCGAACUCGGCGCCGCUAACGCGGCCGCACUGUACGUCCAGUUCGGCCACUGUAAGGACGGCGCGGACGAGGAUGCCGGGUUCGGCGCCGCGGAUUACAGCUGCGUGCUGGACGUGUCGGAGAACCUGGGCUACGGGGAGAGCUCGAGCAACAGCAGCAACUGGAACUACGGCAGCGAGGUGGGCAGCGUGCUCGACGGCGAGGUGCUGCACUGGGGCAAGGCGGAGAUGGAGCGGCAGCACGACGAGCCGCUGGAGCACAAGUUCUCGUUACCCUGCCAAGAACAGAGCCUCCUUGCAAAUUUCGAGUUCAAUUUGGAACAAUACUUCUGAUCUUCUCUUACUUUCUUUUUUUAUUUAAAAUUAUUUCCCUACUUUCUCCCUCCUUUUUCUAAAGAGACAAGGGUCACAUCAUUAAAUCAAAGGUAAUUUCUAGCACCAGUUCGAAUCUAUAAUACAUAAAUAGUUCAUCCCCACUAUCCUAUUUCUCUAGACAUGCAGCCUAUCCACCUCAGUAACUUGCCACAUCAUCAAUUGUUUUUACAUUUAACAAAUUUCUAUUAGCAGCUAGA